AUGACAGAAUCACUCAUAUACACCCAGGUGCUCAUCUGGGAACACGUUCAAUUCGCAACGUUCGCAUUUCUUUGGUUGUGUCCCUUUUCUGAUACCGCAAAUUCUUCAAAUUGUAGGCGUGUCGACAGAAGGGAGAAACAUGAUUCGAAAAAAAGUCCAGCGUCGUUCGGCGAAAUCGCAUACGAGACGGAACAUUACUACAAACAGGACAAAAAAUUGUUGAGAGUCAUGCGGCAAAAGACCGAGGACGAGGUGAAACUGCUGCGACACGAGAUCCAAAUGAUGCGCAAUAAGAUCGAGGAAUACAAUCGAAGUAUCAACGAGAAUCUGAGAUUUCUAAAGAAUCUGGAGAAUGAUCAGACAACCCCCGCCGAGAACAAGAAGAACUAACGAUCACGCGCGCUCACGUUUUUCAGGAUUAAUUUAGCCAAACUCCGAUUCAGCUAAUCGAUGAUGUUGAAAGUCGCCGUUGGUUAAAUUAUCUUCUCUCUCUCUCGUUCAUAUAGAUACUCACAUAACAUAGUUAUAUUCUUGUCAUUUAGAUAUUAUCGCAAUUUCGUGCUCCAUCCGAAUAGAAACUGUUAACUUUUCGAUUAUUUUUAUAUAGCAACUUACGCAAUUUCGAAUCGGUGUCGGAAAAUUUCAUUAUUUAUCGAUCAGUCGAAUCUGAGUUUGAUGAAAAUAUCUAUUCUGUAACUUUCAACGAACUUUCACGCGUGUGUCAUUAUGACGCAAGUAUGAUAUGUAAAACCACGGCGACGCAACGAUGACAACAUUGUCGUUAAAAGUUAGAAC